UCUAUCUUAUGAUCGUUGACUGUAUUAAGUAAUAAGUAUAUGUUAUUUCAGCAAAUGGUUUCAUAUUUCCUUAUAUAUUGAAAGGAAAUUUUCUGAUCAAACAAUGUAACCCGCAAUGUGGGCUGUUCUGAAGGCAAACGCCGGCUUCCGCAAUUCAUUCAAAAUUCAAAACAUAAUCGAAGAUGAAAGGUUCAAGUUUUUUUCGGAAUUAUUUCAACUUUUUUGUAGUAUUUACGUUAUUACUGGAUUGUGCUAGUUCCCUGGAUAAUGGAUUAUCUUUGACACCGCCAAGUUAGUAUAAUUAUGUUUAUUUAAGGGCCUUUUAAGUUUUAAAGACGAUUUAUGCAACCUUUUUAUUACGACGCAAAAUUUGCUAAAAAUAGAAACAAUUCUAUUUGCAGUGGGAUGGAUGGCUUGGGAAAGAUUUCGAUGUAAUGUCGAUUGUGAUACAUUCCCAGAUACUUGUAUCAGGUCAGUGAACUGAUUGAUGUAAAUAGGUCAGAUGGAUUUGGUCAAAACAGACUGUAAACAUUUUACUAGGUUUGCAGAUGAAAAUUGCGAGUGUAAAUUUUUAAACAUUUAUUUGACCUAACCAGGAUCAGUGGCGAAAAAUACAACUAUAGGCCCUCUGGCGGGAAUUGAACCUGCAGCCCUGUGAUUCCGGUGCAGUGCUCUAACCAACUGAGCUACAGAGGCCAGUUGUUUGAGCUCUAACUGCAAGUUCAUGUGUACAUGCUAAGGUGAUGGCAUGGUUUACAUGCAUGGGUGCAUUCUGUGCACAAAAGUGCGAAGAUAUCCAGCGUGAGUUUGACAAAUUACAGUACUAUCUAUAGUUAAUGUUGGUGUAUCUCCGGCGUAGAGUUUACAUGGAAUGCACCCUGGUUCACAUGGUAAGGUGUAUGGGUAAAUAUCAGAAAAAGUAAAUCACACACAGCCUGUUUGAGUUUAAUUAGCUACUGUAGUUUGCUUAGUUCUUUAACAUCCACUCUUGUAUUAUAGUGAGAAACUUUUCAUGGACAUGGCGGAUCGUAUGGCAGAAGAUGGAUUCAGGGAUGUUGGUUAUGAGUAUAUCAGUAUCGAUGUAAGUUGCUCGUAAUAAUUUCAGCCAAUGCCAUUGCGAGGCAAAUUGCAGAAAAUAUUACAUUGUGGAACAGUACUGUGACUGUAUCAGAAAUGCAUGAUCAGGGAAGCAAAUGAAAACAUGGGCUCUAAAUUCUAGCAGCAUAACACCGUGUUAUGCUGCUAGAAUUUAGAGCCCAUAUUUUAUUCACACCUUUACUCUUUAGCUUGCUUAAAUGUGAAAAACCAUUCCAUUGUGUAAAGUGGGAAAUUACAUGACACCACAAAAUUAUUACAUGAUGUCAGCUGAAUUCAUGCUUUUGCCAGGAUUGUUGGAUGGAAAAGACUCGUGACAGUGAAGGGAGAUUACAAGCCGAUAAAAAGAGAUUUCCCAGUGGAAUUAGAGCAUUAGCUGAUUAUGUAUGUAUCAUGUGUUCAACAGAAACAAAGUAAGGCAGAUUAAUUUGGGUACACUACAGCCUAAUAAGUAUAAUGUAGCCAUUGUAAGAAAAUUUAUGAGUCUGGUGGGUUUGACUACAUCAUAGGCAUUCAUUCCAAGUGAUAUAAAAAAACUUGGCAUCUGGUGUUAAUAGCACCCUAACAUUCACCCUAACCCUAGCCUGUGUUCCAGUCCACUACCCCUGCAAUGAACGUCUGUUAAGUCAAACCAGAGUGUGGCAUUAAUCAUGCUAUUUCAACACCACAGAUCCAUUCAAAGAAACUGAAACUAGGGAUCUAUGCAGGUACUGUACACUAUCGAUGUUGACAUUUGAUGGCCAUGCUAUUUAUUUUGAAUAAUAUUUUCAAUAUUUUUCAUCAGAUUAUGGCACUCACACAUGUGCAGGAUAUCCUGGCAGUAUUGAUAAUAUAAUGCUGGAUGCACAGGUUAGAUCUUUGAUUGUGUUCGCAUCUGUAGUGUUGCUUAAGCCUGAAUUCAAACUAAUUCACUUGCAUCAUUUUAUGGUACUGAUUUUAACAACUUGAAUUUUAGACAUUUGCAAACUGGACUGUUGAUUAUCUGAAGUUUGAUGGAUGUUAUUCAGAUCCUAAAACCAUGGCUACUGGCUAUCCACAGAUGACAAAGGCACUGAAUGCUACUAAAAGACCUAUUGUGUUUUCAUGCAGUUGGCCUGCUUAUCUAAAUCCCAAGGUGAGGUGUGGUUUGAAAGAAAUGAAGAAAUGAAUGAAUGAAUGAAUGGAUGAUGGAGGAAGGGAAGGGAACAAACAAUGAAUGAAUGAAAGGAAGAAGGAAUUAGAAGGAACAUGGGGAGGAACAAAAGGAAAGGAAUGAGGGAAGGAAUGAACAAGCAAAUGAAGGGAAGAAGGAAUGAAUAAAGGAAGGCAAGGAAGGAAUGCACAAGGGAACAAACAAAGGGAAGGAAUGAAUGAAAAUAAUGAAGGGAAGAAGGAAGGAGGGGAGGAAGGAGGGGAGGAAGGAGAGGAAGAAAGGAACAAUAAAAAGCAAGGAAAUAAAAAAGGAUAACCAUUGAAUUAGACAAAUAAAUGUAGGAAACAGAAGGAAAGCAUGAAAAAAUGAAGGAAGACAUAGUGGUAGCAAAGAAGAUGAAGAAGUAUUGAACAUGAAUUAGCUCAGGAAGAUUACAGUACCUGUGAACUGUAGAGAUUAAUAAUGUAAUUAUUGUAAGCAAUGUUCAUGUUAUAAUUGUAGCCUGACUACCAAGUUGUGGCAAAGUAUUGUAACCUAUGGAGGAACUAUAAUGACAUACAGGUAUAAACAUUUAGAAACUUUAUAUAUUUUCUUUCUAGAAAUCUAUUGAUAAACUGAAUUUUAUCGCAAAUUAUAACUACAGUAGUUUGUACUAAAUAUUUUCUAUGUAAUCCAUUGGUACUGUACACUUCUUCUAAACACAAGUAUGAAAACAAAGAUUAUUACAUAUCAAGUACAGUGCAUGUCAACUAUUCACAGGAUUGAAGAAGUCAUUGACUCAGUAUAUGUCCUCGUUCAGGACUCGUGGGACAGUGUUUUAACCAUCAUUGAUUACUAUGCUGCAAACCAAGACGCUAUGAUCAAGGCUGCAGGUCCUGGCAAUUGGAACGAUCCAGACGAGGUUUGGAUGUCCUGUAGGGCAUUUUAUAGUUUUCCAUAAGAUGGUGUCUUACUUAAUCUCAUCUCAGUGAUUCUCAGAUCUAAGAAACUGGCUACCUUUUAUCUUUUAGCUUAUAAUUGGUGACUUUUCAUCAAGUUUUGAGGAGAGUAAAUCACAAUUUGCCAUCUGGGCUAUCAUGGCUUCGGUGAGACAGAAUUGAUAAUCACAAACACUUGAUCAUUAUUAUCAAUUGGUUAUUGUUAAUUAUAAUUAUUUCCUCUUCAUCACUCGCCUUUAAACAUGUUUAAUAUUUACAGCCUCUGAUUAUGUCGAAUGAUCUACGUUUACUAGCACCGGAGUUCAAGGAUAUUCUUCAAAACAAGUGAGUAUUUUCUUCGAGAAUUACAUCUUGUCAAAGAAAAAAAUUAGAGGGUGGAGAGAAAAGAAUAAUAGGAAGAAGAAAGAAAGUGUGUGAGGGAAAGGAAGGAAUAGAAGAGAGAAGGGAAAAGAAACGAAAAGCAGAAAUGAAAUAAUAAAGUUACGUGUUUAAACUUUUAAAGGGAUGUCAUAGCUGUAAAUCAGGACAAACUUGGAGUACAGGGAAAACGUGUGUAUAAGGUGAGUGAAGUAAAUGAAGAUUUCUGUUUGUUAGUUGAUGGAUCUAUCUGUACAUGUAGCUGCUAGUUUAUUUGUGAAACUUUUUUGUUUCGUCUAGUCAACCAGUCAUUAUGAAAUAUGGUGUAAACCUUUGGCUGAUAAAUCAAUCGCUGUGGUGUUAUUUAGUCGAAGAACAGAUAUGCCCAUUCAAAUAUCGUUUACAUUCAAAACUGUAAGUAUGAAAGUAUUUAUAAUAAUUGCCAAUUGGUUUGAUUAUUCAUUGACUGAGUAAAUGACAGAUUUGCGAUUUAUCAUUCAAUUUGUAUUAUUUAAAGGUUGGUUUUACAGGAUCCUCAGCGAAGAUCAGGGAUUUAUUUGCCGCUAAAGAUCUCGGAGUUUUUGAGAAUUCAUUCAGAGGUCUAGUAAAUCCAAGUGGUGUUCUAAUGUUGCGAAUGAUAGCUAAUUGAGACAUUGAUCGUGUUUAAUUGAGACAUUGAUUAUGUUUAAUUGAGACAUUGAUCAUGUUUAAUUGAAACAUUGAUCAUGUUUAAAUGAGACAUUGAUUGUGUUAACUGAGACAUGGAUCGUGUCUCAAUUUAUAUCGUGAAGUUCUAAUUUGGAUUGCUAAAACUUAAUUUUUAUAAGAAGCAAUAUAAAUGAUAUGAUUCAGUAAUUUUUUAAGACAAAUGUGUAAAUGAAUGCAAUUCUCCCAUGUAUAUUCCAGCAUGCGUUGUAUAAACAUGUAAGUCUGUUGUGGCACUACGCGUAUAUAAAUACGGAUUUAAGUAAAUAGAAUUACAUAUUGAGGUCCGAAUGGUGAGGGUUAUCAGUUACAAUGAGGGUAUUCAAUUUGAAAGCCCUCCUUCGUGGACUCGAAAUGUACAAUUUUCAGAAGCUGAGCGGAACAACAUCUCUCUGUUGCAAUCAAUAAUUCCUCUGUAUCGGAAUACAGUGUAAACCUGACCUAAAUACAAGUCAUAAAUCCUAGCCAAUUUUAUUGUCAGUUCCAAAUUGAUGUUUCCCUGUUUCGUUUUUGUCGCGUUUUGUACUUUUACUUCAUAGACAUGCGCAAUAAUGUGUUACUCUGUGUGGCAUUCCUCCCACAAGCUUACGGGUCGCAUUUUAUAACGUAUAUAAAUACGAAUACAAAACAGUGUAGAUUGAGGUCCGAAUGGCGAGGGUUAUCAACAAUAAUUUGAAAGCCUUGUCCUUGUGGCGGGCUAAAACAUCCUCGUCAAUCCCUUGACCUCUUUUGAGGCUCUUCGUUUUCCUGUGAGGAUAUUAGUAUUCGGUUGGUGUGUGUAGGGGACUGUAAUGCGAAUCUUUGGGUUUGCACUAUUUUUCCGCUAAGGUACUGGGCAAUCGCAUAUCCCAUAAUAAUGCACCAACCUGCGACAACGGAAACGAGUUGUGUGCUUGAUUUUAAUACACUGUAAACGUUAGGAUAAAAAGAGGUCAAUUCGGUUGGAGAGGGGUGUAAGUUUCCACAGGUCCGACUGAACCGUGCGGAGAUUUCCAACUCCCGAAGGAGUCAAUGUAGGAUAACCCUCUCCAGUUCGGACCUCGUAAGAACUUGUUUUGAUUUUGUAUUUGUAUACGUCGCUCUGUUCGUACGCGGCGCAUGUGGGACGUGCAACAACGAACCCAUCUGCGCAUGCCCAGUAGUUCUUUGGCGUACACGUUUUAUACGAAGCUCGUUUAUGAGAAUAUUUAACCCGAAAUUUAUAGUUAAAUUGUAUGAAUGUACCAAGAAUGUAAACUUCAGCAAAGGCUUUGGCAUUCGCUCGAAACAUUGAAGUUUUGUUUUUAUUUUUGAGGCAGUAGAACCCUCUCCAUCUGCAACUGGUGC